CCCCGGCAGUGCGCGCUGCAACGCGCUGAUUAUACCCGUUCGGACCCGGAUUAUUUGUUCACACGCCGCACCUUCAUACUAAUGGAAGGACGCUGCCACCUUUGUGUCCAAAGAGGAGCGCGGGGAGCAUAAACCGCAACAUCUGACGGCCUCUUUGCACGUCGCAUCUGACCGCUGACCCACCCGUCCACACACUUGUUGGUCACACCUCGAGUGGCCACGUGGAGGAUAAUCGCAGAAAAGAUGCUGUGGCGGUUGACAACACUGCGGCUCAUCUAAAUCGCCCUCAGACGCAUUUUUGUGACUAUUUAAACAAAAGAAAGAAGAUGCUCUUGAGCGUCCUGCUUGCCCUGUGCGCCAUCUAUGGCGGUGUGGCCUACGCCAUGCAACAUUACCCCGCGGCCUGGGGACACUACGACGUGUGCAAGUCGCAGAUCUACACGGAGGAGGGUCUGGCGUGGGACUACAUGGCCUGUCAGCCCGAAGCCACCGACAUGACAAAGUACCUGCGGGUGGCCCUCGACCCGCCCAACAUCACGUGCGGGGAUCCGCCAGAAACCUACUGCGCUCUGGAGAACCCUUACAUGUGCAACAACGAGUGCGACGCCAGCACCGAGGAGUUGGCUCAUCCGCCCAAGCUGAUGUUUGACUUCGAGGGUCGUAACCCCACAACCUUCUGGCAGUCCACCUCAUGGAAAAAAUACCCCAAGCCGCUGCAGGUCAACAUCACGCUGUCGUGGAACAAGACCAUCGAGCUGACCGACGACAUCGUGCUCACAUUUGAGUCGGGUCGACCAGAGCAGAUGGUCCUGGAGAAGUCGCUGGACUACGGCCGUACUUGGACGCCCUACCAGUUCUACGCCACUGACUGUUUGGAUGGCUUCACCAUGGAACCAAAGACGGUCGGUGACCUCACCCAGCGUACCCUGUUGGACAUCAUCUGCACUGAGGACUACUCACGGGGCUACGUGUGGAAGAACGACAAGACGGUGCGCUUUGAGAUCAAGGACCGCUUCGCCCUGUUCGCCGGGCCUCGCCUGCACAACAUGGCCUCCUUGUACGGCCAGCUUGAUACUACCAAGAACCUGAGGGACUUCUUCACCAUCACCGACCUGAGGAUUAGGCUGCUGAAGCCAGCCACUGGAGCCACCAUGGUGGAUGAGAACAACCUGUCCAGAUACUUCUAUGCCAUCUCCGAUAUCAAAGUGCAGGGAAGGUGCAAGUGCAACCUGCAUGCCAACAGCUGCGUGUUCGACAAGGGGAAGCUGGGCUGCGAGUGCGAACACAACACCACAGGGCCCGACUGCAGCCGCUGCAAGAGGCACUACCACGGCCGAGCCUGGAGCGUGGGCUCCUACCUCCCAAUACCCAAAGGAACUGCAAAUAUAUGUAUUCCCAGUAGUCACGGACCUGCACAUCGAGCAAAUGCGUCAUCUCUUGGCGUCGCGAAUCGUAACCAAGCCCGGGUGUGCGACAACGCCAUGCUGCGCUGCCAGAACGGUGGCACGUGCCACCACCACCAGCGCUGCCACUGUUCCCCGGGCUUCACCGGUGUCCUGUGCGAGAGGGCCCGCUGCCAGGGCCCCGGCGAGUGUGACGAUCAACUGUCGGGACGGGCCACCCGCCGCCAUCCUGCCGCUCACCAUUUCGCUCUCGCCUCAUUGUUGCUGAUUGUUUCUCUUUGCUGAGUAACCAAAACCCCUAAAAAGGACAUGCACGCAACGAGGCAGACCUCUGGACAGCGUGGACCAAGUGCUCAGCAACCUGGCGACUUUUUUGUACGUCUCAGGACGCCGUCGCCGAAUAGUACGCUAGAUGGACUGAUGAACCAUCACUGCUGUCUGGUAUUCUCACACAGGAAACAUCUGUUAUACGAUGUGAUUGGCCGAUACUUUGUUAAAGGAGAGGGGCGAGAACUACCGUAAUUUCUCAUGUAUAAUGCGCACCUAUGUAUAAUACGCAACCCCAAACUUGACCUCAACAUUCUGGAAAACCCUUCUACCUAUGUAUAAUGCAUUUUUACAGUGCAUGACUUCGCUUCUACCCAUAUGAUCAAAACAUGAAGUAUUAUCUGUAUUUUGUUCAUUUUUUCAAAUAUUCUGAAGUUAAGCACUUAAUUUGAACACAUAAUACUUUUUUUAUUUACUUGCUCUUAUUUUGAAAUUCACAGCCCUACUUUUAUUUAGUGAAUGAGAAAACACACAGUUGGUCUCAUGUUUGAUUACCCAGCCAGAAUUUGUAAGAUGGGUACAAUUCUUUAACGAAAACAUGAAGGGCCAGGCGAAACAAAUUAAACUGUCAAGCAUUUCAGAAAAGCAUUAUCAUCAAACAUUAUCAUCAAAUAAAGAAAUUAAUGAUGGUUGUUGUUCAGUCAUCAGUCAUAUUUAAAAAAAAAAAACAAUAUUUCACAAAUUCUGCCAGGGGAUGUAAACUUAUGAGCACAACUGUACAUAUGCAGUCAUACGUAGCCCUUUCAUAUUGGAAUGAAAGUGUAAGCUACAACUUUUUCAUGUGUGUAUGUUUUUGACAUUUUGCGGGAAUGCGCAUUAUAUACGAGAAAUUACAGUACCUGCACACUGUACAAAGCUACACACUUAGAAUUAUUAUAAAGAAUAUAGAGGUGACAACCGUGGCCAUUUUCCCAGAAUGCCCGGUUACGGAAAUCAGUGCAAAUCUUGAAGUUACUAAGGUUCACUAUCCCUUUCACCCUGAGCUGGUGUCAGUACCACAGAAAAAAUUGUUUAAAAAUGUAUGGUAGCCCCUUCAGAUGAGCCGUGUUAAGAGUUGACAUGAUUUAAUAAUACGAGGGGUGGUGUGUCAGAAAAGUUAGAGAACCGGUGUCACAAAUGAUAUAUUUUAAAUAUGACGCCGAUAUUUGGCAAAAUAAGAUUCCGAUAAUGCAGUGGUACACUCGCCUGACUUUGGUGCAGGCAGCGUGGGUUCAGUUCCGACUCAGUGACGGUGUGAAUGUGAAUGCGAAUGGUUGUCCGUGUCUAUAUGUACCCUGCGACUGACUGGCGACCAGUUCAGGGUGUAGUCCGUCUUUCGCCCGAAGUCAGCUGGGAUAGGCUCCAGCGUCCCGCGACCCUAACCAGGAUAAGCGGUGUUGAAAAUGGAUGGAUGGAAGAUUCCGAUAACAGAUUAAUCAGCUGAUUGAUUUUAAAAAUAUAUGUAAUGAAUAAAAUAACUUCUUAUUUUGGUCCCUUAACAGUUACAACAGUAAAUAUAUUAAUUACAGGCAGAACAUUUAACUGUUUUGCAAUACUUGGUUCUUUAGUAUUUAUUAGACUUCACAAUAGAGAAAAAUGGGAAAACAUUUUUGUUUUGUUGAUUGUUUUGUUUUGGUUGCAUUAUGUUGUAAUAUGUUACUGUGUUUAAAAAAAUGUUUUUUUAAUUAUAAGUAAUCCCCCUGGAAUCUUAACGCAUUUUCCCAGCCUUCUCUGCCACGACUUCAUGCACUCCUGGAAGGAGUCCUGUGGGAUCCUCCGCAGCUCUUUUGUCACAGCCAUUUCAUUUCGCCAAGUCAUUCAUGACUUCAAACGGGGUCCCCCUUGACACCCCGUUGAGCUUGGAAAAGAGGAAGAAAAGAAGAAAAAAAUAGAGCCAGUUCGGGUUAAUAGGGAGAUUACUCCAGCAUGUCGAUGUUCUUCUGGCCAGGAACUUUGAGAUGCUCAGACCGUUUGUGAGCAAGCAUGUCGUCAUGGCGAAGCCGCCACGAGCUGUUAAGCCACAACUGCUGCCUCUUCUCCUUGUUGAUCAUAUGGCCCACACUGACAGGAAAAACUCUUAGUUUGUAGUUUAGCUUUGAAAUAUAGCCUUUGUGACGCAAGUACUUGAACUUUUCUGCCGCAAAAAGGAACAAACAUACAGCAAAAACAGGAUACACUCCGGCUGUUCAAAGAAUACUUACCUGAGCUCGUCUUUUCUAAAUUUGUAAGUCACGUUCUGUUAUCUUCACUCGACAUGGACAAUGCUCUGACUACCAUUGUCUUCGUACGUCCUAGGAAUGCCCCAAUCACAAACAUAGUCAAUCCAUCAGUUUUAAGCAAGGAUGACGCAUGCAGUUACACAAGGAUAUAAAGAACUAUAUCCAUCCAACCAUUUUCUUUACCACAUAUCCUCACUAGGGUCACGGGCUGCUGGAGCCUGUCCCAGCUAUCCUCGGGCGAGAGGCGGGGUACACCCUGAACCGGUCGCCAGCCAAUCGCAGGGCACAUAGAAACAAACAACCAUUCGCACUCACAUUCACACCUCCGGGCAAUUUAAAGUCUUCAAUCAACUUACCCUGCAUGUUUAUGGGAUGUGGGAGGAAACCGGAGUGCCCGGAGAAAACCCACCCCGGCACGGGGAGAACAUGCAAACUCCACACAGGCAGGGCCGGGAUUUGAACGUCGGUCCCCAGAACUGUGAGGCAGAUGUGCUAACCAGUCGGCCACCGUGCCGGCCAGAACUAUAUUAUGAUAUAAAUUUUUCAUCAGCAGCCAUUUGUUUUCUAGGAACAUAGAACAUAUCAACGUUGAUGGGCGGGAUCCUCACAUCUCCAAAAUCACUACCGUAUUUUUCGGACUAUAAGUCACAUUUUUUUUUUUUUUUUUUUUUUUUCAUAGUUUGGCCGGGGGUGCGACUUAUAUUGCGGAGCGACUUAUAUGUGAAAUUAUUAACACAUUAUUAUAUAAUUUCCCGUUAUUUUCACACUGACAACUGCAAGAGGGCGCUCUAGGCCUGUGUAUCUUUACCUGCAACUGACAAUGAGUCUGACAAAAGCGACGUAGAGAGGAAGCGGCCCAUCGUCUCCCUCCGGUGUUGGCGGAGUUGUUUAGAAGUGAGACCGAGGAUGAAGAUUUCAUUGGAUUUAGUGAUUUGGAGUGACACUGAUGGUUUGGUAAACUUGUUAGCAUGUUCUUUAUGCUAUAGUUAUCUGAAGAAGUGUUAAUAUGUUACGUUAACAUACCAGGCACGUUCUCAGUUCGUUGUUUAUGGGUCAUGUAACGUUAGCUGAAUGUGUUACGUUAGCAUACCGUACACCAAUUCAGCCUGUUGUUCUCUAUUCUAUUUUUAUUUUAAAUUGCCUUUCAAGAAUAAAUGUCUGUUCUUGGUGUUGGAUUUUAUCAAAUAAAUUUCCCCCAAAAAAUGCGACUUAUACUCCAAUGCGACAUGUUUUUUCCUUCUUUAUUAUGCUUUUUUUGGCUGGUGCGACUUUUACUCCGGAGCGACUUAUAGUCCGGAAAAUACGGUACUUACCAAGAAAUCAGUAAACAACAUCUUGUUCUCAUUGUUUAAGUUGCUGUCAUACGCCAGUGAGCACUAACAUCGACACAACACUUUUAUAAUACUUCUCAGACAGUUGAGCAUUCAAGAGUGCAUAGAUUUGUUCUCAAGCUAUUUAUAACUCUUUAUAAAUCAGUUAAUAACAAGUGAAGAAAAUUGACGAUGUACGGGCAGACCAAUAACAUAGAUUUGUGAAAAAAUUGGAAAUUUACCAUAUUUGGACAUGCGAGGAUUCUGCCUGAAAGCAACGAUACGUGGUAUAUGUGAAUAAAUAUUUAAGAGCUUCUUUGUUUUGAGUCUGUCUGUCAUGACAAAAGACAUACGGUACAAAAAGCUCUCAAAAACCACUCUUGUCUAAAGCACCAAAACCCAUUCAUCCACCGUACAUAGCCAACAAUUUGAAUGAAUACAGAGCAGACACAAUAUGCGUUCAAGAAAAACCCUGACAUAAUAAUAUGUAACACAGAUAAGUCCAGAAAAAGAGCUACAGUAAAGACCCAGAAGACAGCACCACUAGAAGCACUGACAUGGUUUAAAAAUGAAAAGCAAAAGAUAAUUAGCGCCUGUUCUUUGAUUUUUUUUUUUUCCACACAUAGGUCCGUGGCGCAAGCUUUCAACCACCAUUUUAAACUCAUCAAACUCCAUUCGCUUUUUAAACAGAACCCCCUUUCACACUUCUUUCCCAGCAGAUUGGUAUAACAGUACAGACAGACGGAGCUCUGUCCGUAAUGAGCGUUCACGUAACUGUUAAGGCUACACGCAUUGAGAUAAUUCAAUGUCAGCACCAGUGUCAGGGAUAGCCAUAAUUGCUUUCGAUACAAAACAGGCUGUGGGCAGUGAUGUGUUAAACUUCGUAGUCUGGUCACGGCUUCCAGCUGUCGCUUUACACACUGGUGGCACCCCUCCUCUGUACCGCCUCUGAGAAUACGUCGAAAGCCAUAUUAUAUUGGCGUCCCUCUAUCCUUUUACACACAGGCAACGUUAUACUGAAGCCGGAAAGUUUGCAGGUCGACCCUCCCUUCCCAUAUCGGUACCUUAGACACUCACGACAGCAAGACCGGAAAAUUUGCAGCUUAGAUGGCUGAUGUGAAAGCAGAUUGAGACGUACAGCAUUACAUUGGUGAUAUAAUGACGUCACUUUGGUUUGGCUUUCUGCCUCGAGCCACUUUCACACUGCCUUUGCAGUAAAUUGCUGCAUCACAGGCAUAACAGUAGAGGCGGCAUUUAUUGGCCUGUCCCUUUCAGACAGAGACAAUUUCUUUCAACACAAAGGGGUGAAGGAAGCAAGUCUCAGAUGUUGAACCUCAGACUGUGGUCAUGAGCUGGGAAAAAGCCAUGGCUUAAAUGGCUUGUGUGAAAGUGGUUAGUGACGUAUGGACGGUGCACUUAAUGACAUAGAUCUCAAUGGGUUCUCUGCCAGUGUGAAGCCAAAGGCUGAUCCAAACGGAGCACUUGGUACUAAAACUAGUACCCCACCAGCACUGGCACCCGCUCAGCAUGAAAGGGGUAGGACAAGUCCUUCUGAUUCCAGAAUCCGUUCUGCAUUAUCUGCUCGCGUCUCCAUGCAAGACAAGAUAACGCUAUGGUGCACUCUCACUGGGCAUUAAUCAUAUGACGCGUCUAAAUCUGAAUAACUUUUAGAUGUCCGUAAUGUCCGGAGUUGUGCAGACAUACACCUGGGAAAAUCCUGAGGGUUGAGCGUAAUAUAAAUAAUGAAAACUACAUAUGUGGACGGGAUCAUAGUAAAAAAAUAUUGCCUCUCUCUCUUUCUUACCUUUCCUCUUCCUUCACUCUUUUGCCUUUCCCUCCUUUACUUCCUGUGCUUCGGGUGACUGGUGAUUUUCUCCCCCGCCUUGUUUUGCCAAAUGCUGCACAUGUGCUACUAUGGAGGCCAUCGACAAAAUCUAUAAUGCGUUUAAUUUUGCUUCGUAGUCAUGUCGGAGUGCGGGGCUGGGUAAAGACGUUGUAUCAUAAGUAAGUGUAUUUAAUUUUUGUCCAAAAACAGAUAUUUUCAUGAAUUUGCCAAGAUGUGUUGCUUGUUUUCUAUUGCUACAGGCAGACGUGGACUGCUUAACGAGUUUGGUUGUAUUGUUUGUUGGCUUAUGUGCGCACACACAGUUCUCUUUAAAAAAAAAAAAUGUUUACACAUUCUCAGAAUACACUUCCACCAAAGGGGAAAAAGGAAAAAGUAUGUCUUUUGUCUUGUUGUUGAACAUAGUCACAUGUGUGACACACAGAAAUGUGGCAUUUUAUUUGUCAGCGGCUAGCUAGCAAAGCUAACGUAGCAGUCUACAUCUUCACUCAGUGCUCCUUUUUGUCAAAUUGCACAAAUGUACAACCCCAAUUCCGAUGAAGUUGGGACGUUGUGUUAAACAAAUAAAAACAGAAUACAAUGAUUUGCAAAUCAUCUUCAACCUAUAUUUAAUUGAAUACACUACAAAGACAAGAUAUUUAAUGUUCAAACUGAUAAGCUUUAUUGUUUUUAGCAAAUUAUCAUUAACUUGAAAUUUUAUGGCUGCAACACGUUCCAAAAAAGCUGGGACAGGGUCAUGUUUACCACUGUGUUACAUCACCUUUUCUUUUAACAACAUUCAAUAAACAUUUGGGAACUGAGGACACUAAUUGUUGAAGCUUUGUAGGUGGAAUUCUUUCCCAUUCUUGCUUGAUGUACAGCUUCAGCUGUUCAACAGUCCGGGGUCUCCGUUGUCGUAUUUUACGCUUCAUAAUGCUCCACACAUUUUCAAUGGGAGACAGGUCUGGACUGCAGGCAGGCCAGUCUAGUACCCACACUCUUUUACUACAAAGACACGCUGUUGUAACACGUCCAGAAUGUGGUUUGGUAUUGUCUUGCUGAAAGAAGCAGGGGCGUCCAUGAAAAAGACGUUGCUUGGAUGGCAGCAUAUGUUUCUCCAAAACCUGUAUGUACCUUUCAGCAUUAAUUGUGCCUUCACAGAUGUGUAAGUUACCCAUGCCAUUGACACUAACACAGCCCCAUACCAUCACAGAUGAUGGCUUUUGAAUUUUGCAUCCAUAACAGUCCAGGUGCUGUAAGAUACCGGGAUUCAAUCCCCGGCCCCGCCUGUGUGGAGUUUGCAUGUUCUCCCCGUGCCUGCGUCGGUUUUCUCCGGGCACUCCGGUUUCCUCCCACAUCCCAAAAACAUGCGUGGUAGGUUAAUUUAAGUCAUAGGUGUGAAUGUGAGUGCGAAUGGUUGUUUGUUUGUAUGUGCCCUGCGAUUGGCUGGCAACAAGUUCAGGGUGUGCCCCGCCUCCUGCCCGUUGAUAGCUGGGAUAGGCUCCAGCACGUCAGCAACCCUAGUGAGGAGAAGCGGCUCAGAAAAAUGGAUGGAUGGAUGGACUCGUCGGAUCACAGAACACUUUUCCACUUUGCAUCAGUCCAUCUUACAUGAGCUCAGGCCCAGAGAAGCCGGCGGCGUUUCUGGAUGUUGUUGAUAAAUGGCUUUUGCUUUGCAUCGUAGAGUUUCAAGUUGCACUUACGGAUGUAGCGCCGAACUGUAUUUGCUGACAUUGGUUUUCUGAAGUGUUCCUGAGCCCAUGUGGUGAUAUCCUUUACACAUUCAUGACGGUUUUUGAUGUAGUGCACCCUGAGGGAUCGAAGGUCACGGGCAUUCAAUGUUGGUUUUCGGCCUUGCCGCUUACAUGCAGUGAUUUCUCCAGAUUCUCUGAACCUUUUAAGGAUAUUAUGGACUGUAGAUGAUGAAACCCAAUCAUGGCACCCACCUGUUCCCAAUUAGC